AUGUUGUCAAAAGAGCCAGACUCUAUGCGCCAGGAUGCUGGCGGAGAUGCACCUAUGCGCCAAGUGGAGUUAUCGCCAAACGACCGUUUCUUCCGAUACUUCCAAGAGGAAGUAGCUAAUUUGGAGGAGAAAAUAGGCCAGCUCCCGACAAUUCCUGUGGCUGGAGGUGUCGAUGCAGCCGACUAUUGCCUGGCUGAUAUUUCACGCUUAUCAAAUGAGGUUAAAGAUGCAUCGUCGUAUAUCCCAAGCUAUGACCAGCGGGUAUAUUCAGAGUCCAUCAAAGCCCUUCAAGAAAAACUCGCAGAGACAAAAGCUGCUAUAGCACCACGCAAGAAAUUCGCAUUCAAGAGGGCUCGUCAACCUACGCCUGUAAGGGCCUCACCUGCCGCGGAACCAGUUCCUCCUCAACUCUCCCAAUCUCCCGCGUUAAGUAACCCCGACACGACAAUGGGAGGAACUCAAACACCAUCCAACGGCCCACCCGUCGUCUCCUUCAAUAACAUCAGUAACUCACAUGUUGCAAUUCCCGAAUCAGCCCCCCUUGAAAAUUCCUCUGCUGUAGCCUCCGACAUCACCCAUUGCGUUCUAGACCUGUCAUCUCCCCCCGAAACAGGCAGAUCGUUCGCCAACUUCACAAUCAAAAAUGUUACAGACAGUCUAUUGAUUUGCGGAAAAGUAGAUGGCGCCGCACAUAUUACUGGAAUCAAAGAUUCGGCGCUAGUGGUAUCCUGCCAACAGUUUAGGAUGCACGAUUGUACUAAUGUUGUAGUCUACUUGAGCUGCGCAAGUAAUCCGAUUAUCGAGGAUUGUCAAGAUAUUCGGUUCAGUGCACUUCCAGACUCUUAUGCGGCUCAAAAUGGUAAGCGGACAGAUAUGUGGUCUCAUGUGGAAGACUUUAAAUGGCUCAAGGCCGAACAGAGUCCCAACUGGAAGAUUUUGGAAGCGGGUGAGGCUGUGCCGGAGGCAGUUUGGGAGACUCUAUCGACUAAGAAGCAUGAGUGGUCGCUGGAUGAAAUUUUGAAAGCGACGAAGCUGCUGAUGCCUAAGUUUGAGCAUUUUUUUGCGCAAGGACUGGAGUCCUUGGGUUAA